AUGUCUCCUCUAAGUGCCAAAGGUUUAUUUUGGUUGUCGGUGACGGCCGUCGCUGUCAUGCUCUCCCUUGUUGUCUUCGCCACCGCAAAGUCGUGCAGCGGGACCGUCUGCACGCCCUACGUGGCCGCCGUAAGCGGCGGGACCGGGUGCCUGCGCAAGAACCCGAUCAAUCUCCGCUUUGUGCUGCAGAUGGCCCAGGAGAACAACUACACGGUCAACGGGGUGCUGAAGAGCACCGCCACGUUCGCCUUCACGCCCUGCGUAGACGACAUCGCUGCCCUGGCGCUGAACACCGCGCCUUUCCUCGCCGCCGGCUACGCCGUCACCAACAACGCGACGCCGCCUGUCACGUCGUAUUACCUGACCGGGAACCGCUCCGACAAGUAUUUGUCUGUGUUCGGCUUCGGCAUGUCGAACCAGACGACAGAACCGGAGGUUGGUGUCUCCACCGGUGCGGUGCUCGUGGCUAAAAACGGUCUUGAAGCCUGUGGGGAUCCUACAAUGGUGGGUGUCGUGACACUUCUGUCGCUGGAGAUUGGCCUGCACAAGGGCUACUUCAACUACGUGGGGCAGUCAGGCCAAACCACCACCACGAUCCCCAAUCCGAAUUACAACGCAUCGAUGUGCGGCGACGAAAGCGGCUCUGGUGGUUCCCGCCAAACAACAACGACCACCGCACCGAAGGCCAACGCCGCGGCGAGCUCCUCCGACUCCAUUGAUUAUUGCAGCAAGACGAUCACCGUCAACGUCCCGGCUAUCAACGUGCAGCCGGCGAGGGUCGGCUUCGCACCGACGUGCAACGCGCAGGAUCAGUGUACGCUGGGCGACCCCGACGCGUAUGUAUGCAUUGGCAACGUCACCGGAAAGAAGAACUGCGGCCUGUGCUACUCAAACGCGGCCACGUUGGCAGGCAACUCGUCUGUGACGGUAUGGGUGAGUUAUGUAGGCACGGACCGCAAGAACGUCGUGAUGACAAGCAGCGGCGACAACCCAAUUUAUUACUCGAACUUUGUCCGCAGCGGCGCCUUCCAGACGAUCAGCAGCAAGUUCAACAGUCUUAUCCACGGCAACUUCUCCGUUGUCGGUUUGAACGUCAACUUCGCCAAAAAAUGA